CCAGGCCCGGCGCUGCGCCGCCCGGCGCGGGGGCUCCGUGUCUCCCCGUCUCCUCGAUGCUUCGUGGCUUUUUUCUUUUUAUUGGCAUUUUCGCUCCGCUCCCCUCCCCAUCCAAUUUCAACCAGAUUAUUUACUUUUCCAUAAAAUUGAAUCCAUUUCCAUGCAGCUUUUUGUCUCCUUGGUACAUCAUUCUCACCAACUAUAUGAGGGAUAAGCUGGUAUUUAUUUUGCUGUAACGCUUGCUCCCUAGAUUUUGGUACUUUCCAAAGAGACAAAAAUCAUUUACUAGAAUGCUGUGUAAACUGAGUAAAAAAUAAACCCCGCUUGUCAAAAUACUGAGACAAUACUCUGUGAUGCGCGUGGGUCUUUAAUAUGUCCAUACACUUGUCCUGUGUCUGGAGAUGUUAAACAGGGCUGCUAAUUACUGCUGAGAACCAGCAAAGUGCUGCCAUGCACGGAACUUGGGCAUUUCCAGUUGCACUGAAAUUUAGCUAACUCCCUUCAAGGGGAAAGCAGAUAACUGUUUGACACGUUACAGAAAGUGUGGGUUGCUUUUGGAGAAUUCCCAACCAAUUUUGUCCAUUGAAUUGGUUUUGAUUUGUUUAGAUUUGUAGUUGUUUCUCUUUAGUGUUCAUUCGUGUAUAUAUAUAUAUAUACACUUCUAUCUAUAUAUACAUAUAUGUGUGUGUGUGUACAUAUGUAUAGAUAGAUCAAAUCAGGUUAUCAGCCUCCUUGGAUCCCUUCCUAAAUAGUCAUGCUGCUUCUAGUAGACCUUACCACUGACAUAGCCAAAUAACUCAUUGAUUGUCCCCAAAUACUUACAUGGGGUUCAUGUUUUGUUCUCAGAUGUAAUUUGGCAUCAUUGUAGAACUUCCUAAAAUGUGUCUGCACAGGGUAUGAUCAACCUUCAGUCUUUUCUGUGCCAUCUACAAAAAAGAAAGAAGCCUGUGAUUUAUCCUCUCUGAAAAUAUAACCUUAUAUCCAGCAAACAAAGGAAGCAACUCUUCAUUCAGCCAAUAAAGCUGCAUACAUUUUUUGUCUUUCAGCAAUAUGCUUUGCACUUCUAUGGCUUCUUCGGAGUAAUAAACUGUGCAGCAACCUUUUGAUGUAGGUAAUAACAUUUGACCUUGCAACAGAGUACGCUUCCUUGUUGAAAUGAAGACAACUAACACCUCGAUGCUUGGGGUUGUUCUUCAUUUAAAAAAGAAGUGGGUAGCGUAGGGCACCUCCUGCACUGCCUUCUUUUGGCACACUCAGCACUGGAGCUGUGGUGUUGGGGGAUUGGGGUUGUCACCUUUGAAAUAAGAUGGGGGUGAGUUCAGCGCUGCCUUAAGAAGCCGUAAGUGGGAAGGAAUCCAUUCUUGCCGGUGUGUAAAGUGCUUUUAAAAACAAUCUAUUUCUAGAACUGAAAUUGUCCUGGGACCAGCUUUUGAUAUAAAAAUUCAUAGAAACCUGUUUUUCUGAGUGUGGUAACUUCGUGCCAUAGUGCUGUAGUGUUAGAAUUCACAUUGGCCAGGUUGUUCUGUAAAUUAAACAGUGACAGCUUCCCUUGGGGGAACAGCCAAUGUAUUUAUGAUGAUGUGCUGAUUACACAAAAUACACUGCAAGCAGAAAACAGCUGCAGAGAACAAACCUCUUAAAAGAAUACAAUUACAAAUAGCACCCUCAGUAUUUCUAGUGGAGAGAGUAAAAUACAGCAUGCUAAUGCAGGCUUCCCAUUUGCUUCCAAAGAGGAAAAGAGAAGAGGCUCAAGUAUGGUUGGAUGCACACUUAGUGCCGAUGCGGGGCAGGGUGGGAUCCCCUUCUGAAGGUGAAGGGCAGGAGCACACUUCAGGCCUGCUUUUAGCUCUCCUUUCCUAACAUCUCUGUGACUGGGAGCAGAGCAUCGCCGCCAGCUCCGGCCUGUUGUGCUGUGACUGAGGCGGCUCCUACCUCCAUCCUGCUUUAAUAUGGAGACACGAUUAGGUUAAUAACAAAGAGUUGGCGGUACCAGACUGAUGCAAUGAAGCAGGUUGUAGGGAUGUUACGGAGAAAAAAAAGCCUCUGGUUUAAGGCUGAUCUCUUUUCUACUGCUGGUUGUCUGCUCUGAGGAGCAUCCAUACAUGUAAGGCAAGGCCAUGUGUGGGCCAGUUUAGGAUGCGACAGAGUAAUAUCAUCAGAUUGGAUAUUGGGAAACAUUUCUCCUCAGAAAGAGGGGUGAUGCAGUGGCACAGCUGCCCAGGAGGUGGUGGGGUCACUGUCCCUGGGGGUGUUUGAGAACCACGGAGAUGUGGCACUGAGGGACGUGGUCAGUGGGGAUGAGUCAGCAGUGGGACUUGAUGGUCUUAGUGGUCUUUUCCAACCUAAAUGAUUCUAUGAUUGUAAAAAACUUGAAGUAAAGUAUUACUGGGAAAAUAAUGAGAGUGGGACUGUGCCCACAAACACAGGGUGUGGGCAGACCUUGGAGACUGGUCCUGUGGUCAGCCUCUCUUCAUCUGCAAACAACAAGAAAGCAGUAGCUGGAGCUGCUUUGUGUCCCGUGGCUGAAUGCAGGAGAAGAGCAGCAGUAAGGACUGCUGUAUGGCGACUGUGGGUGAGGGCUUGUGAAAAUGUGCAAAAUGUGCUUAUUUAUAUGUUGCUCGUAUUUUGCAAUGCUCUGAAGCGAGGCAAAAAAGAAAAUCCCCCAAACCCCAGAGCAAAAGGUUUUUAGUAUUGAACUGUCACAUUCUGAUCAUUAAAACAGAGCGCGUUCCUUAUGGCUGUGUCGUGGGUGCGGGUGGUAGAAUUCAAGUCCUCAGAGCGCCCUUUCCAUCUGCUUUUGGAGCCCAUUGAUGGAUAAGCAUAAUGCCCUUAAGAGUCCCUAAUUUCUUGUGCUUGGUGCCUUUGUUAUGUUCCGAGGCCAGUAUCAAUAAAACGCGUUUCAAAUAUGGGCAAAGAACUUGUCCAUUUAAAAUGAAGAGAUGUUGCCCUUUCAACGUAUAGAUCUGAUUUGAAAGCAGAUGAAGUAACAGCAUUGGCAGUCUAAUUUGGAAGGACUUGCUUAAAAGGAAGGAUCAGGUUUUCCAUCUAUGGAUUGCUGGCAUCUACUAAUAGCCAGUUAUUCAUCUGUCUGCUUUUCCUUCAAAUGGUUUUUGAGCCUCCCUGCGUUGUCCUGCUUUGCUGACAUGUAUCCCAUGUGGCAAGAAGGAGUUUUGUAUAAUCACCCUGCUUUAAUCAAUAGAAUAAUUGAUAAACCAGAUAAGAUUUAAACUGAUUACCUCCCCGAGUAGAACUCCCCGAGGGCCUUGGACUCUCUUAAUUUUGACAUGUAUGUUGUGUACCCCGUGGAUGAAGUGCAGUUUGAAUUAUCUGUUUUUAUUUGCUUAAUGACGGGGAGGGUGUUAAAGUCAAAUGUUUAAUUAACCCAGCAAUGGGCUGCGCUGUCACUUACACACACAUCCAGCUGAUUGAGAUAUCUCACCGAGAAUACUGAAUAGGAAUGAUAAUGUGGCACUGAGACGGAAGAUUGCUUUUUCAAUCCAUUUGCUGGGUCACUGCUUUGAAUGUCUUAUUGGAUGAAAGGCAUUCAGCCUGGAAAAAAAAAAUUCAGCAUUUAAGUACAUUUUGUUUUCCUGGCCCCUCUCCACCAAGAAGUUAACUAAAACGAUAUGUUGUAGGUUUAAUAAGCCGUUCAUGUCGGAGCAAAAAGCUGCAAAUAGUGGAUCUCAAUAGCUGGUGAUCUAGAGCUCUAUCAUUUCCUAUAGGAAUAAAAUAUUUGCCGGCCCCAAGGUAUCCAAAGGCACGCUGCUGCAUACACCUUUAUCUUUCCUUCUUUGAUUGCUUGGCUACCCGCUUGAUUUGAUGGUCUCCAUAGCAGGUCCAACUCUUCAUCCUUACCCAGGGCGGUGAGAUUUGCAAUGACAUUUUGUACCUCCUUGCAAGAAAAUGGUGUUUCAGAGUUGGAAUUAUUUUGUAAUAACAGAAGCAAAUGGUGAGCUUUUAAAUUGGAAUGUUACAGGAGAGGCUGUUGUGUUACCACAUCUAAAUUUGGUGUAGACAAACUGGGAGCACCCAGGAUGCUUUUCUUGAGUGCUAGUUGUUGUUAGAAGGCCAUAUUGCUGGCUAGCAACACCUUAAGACGUGAAGUGCCUGAUCUGUCAUUUCCCUUUAUGUAUUUUUCUAUUAAAAAAAAAAAAAAAAGAAUUAUUUCUACUUGAUGAGAUGGAAGGCUGGGGCACAUUUAGGAGAAGCAUGAAGCAGUGCAGCAAGGUGAGGGCAGGGUGGCAGGAUUAGAGAUGGAGGAGUGAGCGAGCUAUGGGUUCUAAGGAAGGGGUGUAAGGAGUCUUGGAGGGACUUUUGGCCUUUGAUAGGAGAGCUCAGAAUGAGAGACUUUGGGGGCGGGAGGGGGGGGGGGAAGGGAGCAAUUAAAAUAAUGAAGGUAGGAGAUGGCCAGAGAUGGGAGAGUGAGGGGCUUUAUAGUGAGAGUGAUGAAACAGCACUGGUCCUGUAAAAUGUCACAAAAUCCUUCUUCAGGAAGGACAGGAAAGCUGCAGCAAGACUAGCCCAUAUUACAACCCAUUUCUCAGAGUUCCUAUGCAGAUGAAUCUGUAAUGAAUAUUGUAGGAAGAAAGUUAAUUUCUAUCUAGAGAACUUGAAUAAGUAAAAAGUUUUAAAAGAUUCUCCCAUGAUCUGCUGGCUCGUCCUGGUUCUCGUUAGUGCUAGAAAUAUGUUUUUGACACCUUUUCGGAUGUUGGCUUAUGUCCACAGCCUGUGAAAUCUGGCUUUGUGCUUCCUUCUCCUCCUCGUGCACAGGAGAAAAUCAGCAAAGCACCUUGCUCAAAGAUGGAGGGCAGAAACACGCUGAUAAAAGCUGUGAUUCAUGAGAGGGGAGGGAAGAAUCCUGCUAACUCAGAAGGGGUGUGUGUGGUUUCAGUGCUCAGAACCUCAGCACCCCGAGAUGAGUGUAGAGAACGAAUUUUUUGUGAAAGGAAUGUAGCGAAAUGACAGCAACAAAGAAGCGAGAGCCAAGCCCUGAUUGAUUCUGUUCCUCUUUAAGGAGCUUCUGUUGCAUGCAAAAUCCGUCUUCCUGAACUAUGUGUGGCACAAUUCGGCAGCUCUGCAGACAAAUCAGCCUCGUCUGAAGCCGCUUAAGGAAGAAUUUGAGCAAGAAUUUAAAAGAUUGGAGAAAUUGCUAGGGUUGUCCUAAGGAAUAGGGAUGGAAGAGGGCUGCUUUGUGCAAUGUGGGAGCAGGUAUGCAAGGUGACUUGCUGGGAAGAGACAACCGAGAGCACCACGAUAAUAAGGUUCAGAGCGGGUCCAGAGACCGCUCUUACGUAAGUGGCCCGGUUGCAUAUUCAGAAAUAUACCCAUAUGAUGUGUUUCACAAGGUUAAUUGGAUGUUUUCACCCAAGCUUUUUGGGAAUGCGUGCUCUCUGUUCCUUAAAAAGAUGUAGAUGGCUUUGAACUACUAUAAAAUCCCGAGUACAAGAUGUACGCUAUAAAACCACGCAUGGAAAGUGCUAGCUAUAAAAGCAUGCAUACCUGCAAAGGUGCUGAUCGAUCUGUGCUAUUUAGGAAAAGAAAUUCUGAAACAGACGUGGCUGUGGAAAAAUGCAAAUAAUAACAUUUAGCCAGAGGUCCUUAAGGCUUCUUAAGCUCUAACCUUGUUAUGAGGAAUGGCGAAGUCGAACUACCUAAUGCAGAUGUCUGAGUUACAAAAAUAACCAGAUGUCCUGAUUAGCAGAAGCAAAUGUUCUUCCCUUAAUCCACGUGAAAUUAUAUUCAAAGGCUCUCCGGAUGUAAUGCUUGUGUAAAUAAGGCACCAACAAACACUGGAAUAGAAAGGGCCAUUGGCCAACUAGCUCGCAAAGCUUGAAAGCUUGAAUAUUAAAAACAAAUUUACCACUGCUGACUCUCUUAAAUUCACAGAACAGAAAUGUUAAGCAGGGCUGCUUCCCGGGGAACGGGGGAAGGCUGUUCUCAUUAGCCGUAUUUUUUCUCUCUCUCCCACUCUCGUUUGAGAAACGUCUACAAAGUAAAGCUGGCUUUUCAGAAUUUCCCUAACUGCCUUCUUCCCUGCACCUGGAUUUCUGCGGUGUUUUUUAGCUGCGACUCAGAUUCAUGCUUUUAGAUGCGUUUCUUUGUCAGAUCUCGGAUAUUUAUACUGGCUUCUGAUAUUUUAACAUUAAGCUGAAUUUGCUGGUCUCUUAAUGCUCAGGCUCCCCCCAUCUUUAGGUCACCGUUUCUAAUGAACCAGUGAUUAAUAAGCUACACUGACUUGAUAAGAAACUCUUCUUGAUGCCAUGAAGUUCCAGCAGUAAGCUGCGUUGCUUUGAAAAUGUGUAUCUUCCUUUAAUCUGCAAAUUAUGGAUGUGAAUGAAAAAUAAGGGAAGAACAGGUAGGAGCUGGAAGCCAGCUGUGCUCAUCACCUUUCCUCUUGGGCUCCCAGUUGCUCCAAGGCUGCGGCAGGUCUGCUCUCUUGCUGUCAUUCUAGUGCUGAGGCAUAAACCCCGUGCAGAAGUACCUUUUAACUUGAAACUUGUAAGGGCUGGGAAACUUGUCUGUGCCUCUGUUCUGGGCUGAAGUCAUCCCCUCGUGCCUACAUACUGCAAUUUAUGGCUUUCUCUGAAAGGAACUAAUCUCAGUGAAUGUUCAGAGCAGCAAAUGCCAGAGAGGAAUGGGGUCUAAUACUUAUCUCUGCAUUUUCAUUGCCAUGGAUCUCCCUGUGUGUUACAGCUGUCAUUUUUGUUUUAUAUACCAAACAGGCAGAGAAUUGCCUUAAUACUUGAUUUUUUUAAUACUUGCUUUUUUUUUUUUUCCUUUCAAAGAACGUUGCCAGUGUUAAAGACUGCUUUUAUCUAGCACAGUGACUCGCCAAAUAAGCAUGAAUUUGAAUGCUCUAGGCCUUGUGGUAAGAGGAAAAGGAGAAGCUAUUGUUAAAUGCUUUUAGUGGAUGUUAGACCCAUAAUUUUUUUAACGGUAAUACUGCUUUCAGGCUGACAUUGGCUAUGCCAGGAUUCAUCCAAGCACUGUUUGAAAUGGCUGAGAUAUUUAUAAACUGACAGACAGCAUUUAUAAAAUCAGGAUGCUGACAGUCCCUUAACGAUAACAAUGGGCUUGGACUCAUCUAUCACUUACAAAGGUUAUUGGAAAGGGAACGUAAGGCUUAUAUGGGCCUGUAGUCUUAGCCUGGCACUUAUUUCCACACAUCUCUCUCUUUCUUUUUUUCUCUCCUCCCUCCCUCUCCCCUUUCAGUGCACUCUGGCUGACACAGGCAUCAGACAAUUGCAGCUCAUUUCCCCCGUACCUUUACCCAGUGAUGCCUUGUUCUGUCGCCCGCAAUCAAUGAUGCAAAUGAGGAAGACAACUUCCUAACAUCUUAGGGCAACAACCCCUCUGCCCCCUCCCCAGACUAGACAAGAGACACAUCUGGGCUGCUGGCUGCUGAACUGGGGAAGAGCAGCAUGCAGUGAGUGACAGCCGUAACCUGGGGCUGGGUGGGGUGAAGCAGCCCUUCUGCUUCGUUUGCCUUCCAUCCGGCACUGCUUUGCAGGCGCAGUGCUGAUGUUCUUGCUUUUGGCCAGGAGGGUGCUGUGCUCCACACCCCUCCGCCCUCGGUGAGGAGGAACAAGUGCAUCGCAGGGACCCUUCAAGAGGUGAGAAAGGGGAUGCCAGUUAUUUGUGAGCUCUGCUAAAAUGCCUGAAUUCUCUCAGGAGGUUGAGGGUCAGGUGCCAUCAACAGUUUGUGCUAGGAAAGAGGAAAUGUGGUAUUUUGCCCGUGUGUACUAGAGCAUCUAUUUUAAUGUGGCAACAACCACCGCGAUGGCUGCAUCUGGCAUCCGGUUUGCCCUUGAAACGUUUACUCUACUCUAACCGUUUGGACACCGUGUUCCCUCUGCAUUAUUUGCUUAGGGACCUGAAAUACCCAAGUAGAUUUCCUCCAUACGGUUGGAUCUGCUGAUACCACUAAAAGCACGCCCUGCCCUGGCUCCUGUUGGAGCCGGUGCAUUCACACGCUGUGGCUGGAGAGAGGCUCGACUGGCUGGAGGGGGUCUAUUUAUCAGGGAACUCGAUUAAAAUACAGACUGCACAUGACAUCAGAUUUGUAAUCAUUUUUUCCACAGCAAGCAAGCGUUUUCUGUAUUGGAUGCAGGUGUUUAAAGCAAUAGUGUGUUUUAAGGGCCAGUGCAGCACAAAUUCUGGCCUUUGGGAUAAUGACAAGUGUUUUGCCUGCAUAAACAAUAUAUUUUUUUCCCCCUGAGGUCCGCACACACCUAGUUUCCCUCAAGCUCAUCAUCUCUGUCAGGUUAAUCAAUAGGCACCGUAUGGCAGAGGGUCAGUAAUCAGUGUCAUCGUGCCUUUAAAUCGUGUUGAAAAUUUGCUUAAAGCCUGGGCCAAUUAACAUCGAGAUGAUGAAUGGAUGGGUAGAUGGGAAGAGCCUGGUGCUUAGGGGCUUUGUGAGAAGGAGAUGCUCAGCUGUUGAGCAGCAGACACCAGCGAAUAAAAUCAGCCAUUCAUGUGAGCUCAGUCCACCCACUCUUAAUGAUAAUGUCAAUCUAGCAAAAUAUAUACACAUUGGAGUUGUCACGAGUUCAUAAAUCAAAGGAGUUUGUCAAAGGCAUUCAGAUUAACGAGGCAGCAGCAAUAACAAGUCAAAUUUGCAUAGAGAAUUGCCCGAAUCUCAGUAAAUUAUGAUCCUGUUUUUCAUUUGAUUAUUUGCUAAUGUCUCAAGAGGGAGAAUGAUUAUAUUAGCAUGCAAAAUCUACUCCAGAAGUAGAAAUCCGAGGUAUAGCAGACCAGCGCACGAUGACAAUUAAUCAGUUUCUGCAUACUAGCGUAAACGCACAAGGCCCAGAAAUGAACUCCUUUUUUUAUUAUUAUUUCUCCUUGCUACUGAUCCAAAUGGUUCAGCUUGACAGAGACUUUAUAUUGCUUUAACAGUGUUCUGAAUUGUGCCUGCAGGCAAGACAUAGUUAUGCAGCUAUAACCAACCUAUCCAUCUGCCAACCAGAUUGGAAUUCUCCUAUCCAAGGCUUCCAUUAACCCCCACUGACAGCUCCAAACAGGAUUAAGAAUUUGAAAGCAUAAAAAAUAGUUGUGCUCCUCGCGUAGACGCGCGCUUCUCCCCCACCCCACCUCCCCACGCUCGGAAAAAGGCUGCAUCUGUACCGCUUUAUAAUUAGUGCCGGGCAGCACGGCACCGGAGAAAGCCUCCCCCAGUUGGCAGGGCUCUGAUUUCCACCACGACGAGCGAGGCGGUACUAAAGGUAGCUCUGCCCAAUUGGUAGUCCCUGGGAGUGCAUUUAUCCAUGUAUUAUAUCUCGUUCCCAGCAGUGUUUUGCUGGGCUGUGUACACAAAAUACUGCGUGUCGUCUCCCAUCGAACGCCUCAGCCUGGGGAUUUCGUACGCAUCGUAGCAUGGUGUGUUUAGUGGUGAAGGAGGCGUCAUGGGGAGAGUUAAAUAGUAAUAAUUUCGUAGUGGUCUUUAAGACAACCUGCCACGGAAUUAUAUUCUGUUAAUUACAGGCUGAAGUUUUAAAUGCAAAUCAGAUUUAAAAGGCUCUUGUUCCAGACAGUAGUGGCCAUUUUAGGAAAAAUGAGCUACGGAGGGCACAGCCUCUUGUUGCAGGAGCCUCCCGUUAGAGGCACGUUUUGAAGGUUACAUAAACGUCGGCUUGGCUUUGCUGCCUUCUCAUCCUAGCGCUUCCGCUGUCAUUGUGUGACCUUGGGAGAUUAUUUUGCUUGUCUGUGGCAACCCUGUGCGUUUGUCUCACCGGGGCUGAUCGGUCUGUGGUUUGGAGACUUUGGUGUUUCUUGUCGUACCUCGCUUGUCCUUGUGUGAAAGGAGAGACCCUUGCGUGUGGGAUCCACAGCUGUAAGCAACCCGCUUUUGGCCAGGCUGGCUCCAGCCCGUGAAGGAAGGCUUGCCUCUGGGAUUUUAUCCCUUUCCCCGAACUCCUCUGAGAGAGAAGACUGUAAUAAUGAUGAGCCCCCUAGGAAGAUCAUUCCUGAGAAGAAUUCACUUAGACAGACCUACAACAGCUGUGCCAGACUGUGCUUAAACCAGGAAACAGUAUGUCUAGGAAGCACGGCUAUGAAGACUGAAAAUUGUGUGGCCAAAAUGCUGCUCACACAUGGAAAUCCUCCUGGUUAUCCCUUUGGAAACCACAGAAUAUUUGCAAGAGGAUUUCUUGUUACAGUGGUACUGGUGUGCAACCGCAAUUGGAUGCCUUUCUCAGAAAUUGGUGCAAGGUGCUUAAAUAAGACAAAACUUGCCAAUGGCACUUCCAGUAUGAUUGUGCCCAAGCAGAGAAAACUGUCAGCAAGCUAUGAGAAGGAGAAGGAGCUCUGUGUCAAGUACUUUGAGCAGUGGUCUGAGUCUGACCAGGUGGAGUUUGUGGAGCACCUCAUCUCCCAGAUGUGUCACUACCAGCACGGACAUAUAAACUCGUACCUCAAGCCCAUGUUACAGAGGGACUUCAUCACUGCACUGCCAGCUCGGGGAUUGGAUCACAUUGCUGAGAACAUUCUGUCCUACCUGGAUGCCAAAUCGCUGUGUGCCGCUGAGCUGGUGUGCAAGGAGUGGUACCGUGUGACGUCGGACGGCAUGCUGUGGAAGAAGCUGAUCGAGAGGAUGGUCAGGACAGACGCGCUGUGGAGGGGCUUGUCAGAGAGGAGAGGAUGGGGACAAUACCUAUUUAAAAAUAAACCCCCUGAUGGGACUGCUCCACCCAACUCAUUCUACAGAGCACUUUACCCCAAAAUUAUACAGGAUAUUGAGACAAUAGAGUCAAACUGGCGGUGUGGAAGGCACAGUUUACAGAGAAUCCACUGCCGGAGCGAGACAAGCAAAGGUGUUUAUUGUUUACAGUAUGAUGAUCAGAAGAUAGUCAGUGGCCUACGAGACAAUACUAUCAAGAUCUGGGAUAAAAAUACAUUAGAAUGCAAGCGAAUUCUCACUGGACACACGGGUUCUGUCCUGUGCCUGCAGUAUGAUGAGCGGGUGAUCAUCACUGGAUCUUCAGACUCGACUGUCAGGGUGUGGGACGUGAACGCGGGCGAGAUGCUGAACACACUGAUUCACCACUGUGAAGCAGUACUGCACCUCCGCUUCAAUAACGGCAUGAUGGUGACGUGCUCCAAAGACCGUUCCAUUGCUGUGUGGGACAUGGCUUCACCAACAGACAUCACCCUGCGGAGGGUGCUCGUAGGGCACCGCGCUGCUGUCAACGUAGUGGACUUUGAUGACAAGUACAUCGUAUCAGCAUCAGGUGACAGAACUAUAAAGGUAUGGAACACUAGUACCUGCGAAUUUGUGCGCACCUUAAAUGGCCACAAACGAGGCAUUGCAUGUCUGCAGUACAGAGACAGGCUAGUAGUGAGCGGCUCUUCAGAUAAUACUAUCAGGCUGUGGGAUAUCGAGUGUGGGGCAUGUUUGCGAGUACUGGAAGGCCACGAGGAGCUGGUGAGAUGCAUACGCUUUGAUAACAAGAGGAUAGUCAGCGGGGCAUAUGAUGGGAAAAUUAAGGUAUGGGAUCUGGUGGCUGCUUUGGACCCCCGUGCUCCAGCAGGGACCCUCUGCUUGCGAACCCUUGUGGAGCAUUCUGGAAGAGUUUUUCGACUUCAGUUUGAUGAGUUCCAGAUUGUCAGCAGCUCACACGAUGACACCAUCCUCAUCUGGGAUUUUCUGAAUGACCCAGCUGCCCAAGCAGAAUCCACUCGUUCCCCGUCCAGAACAUACACCUACAUCUCAAGAUAAAUAACAGUACACUGUACCUCACACUCGCACAGGACUCAUUUAAGCUGCAGUAUUUAAAUUAUCUGCCAAUGCCAGGACAAAAGAACUAUCCACGUAACCAAUACUUGCUGAAGAGAGAGGCUCUCAGACUUGUUUCUGGAACAAAGUUGGCAUGCGGUUGAUCUCAGACAGGGUCUACUCAGCGUGGCUGACUGCUAAAGUGCUGCUAUAUCAGAAGAUGACUUUUAUCUUUCGUGAACUAAUAACAUUUUUAAACCUCCCCAUCCCUUUCCUCCCUCGUCCCCAUUUUCCUGUUCACUCCCCUUCCCUUUGCCCUGUUUGGUUUCCCUCCAAACCCAGUCACAGAUGUCCUGUGAAUAUAUUUAAGAUGUUGCCAGAAUGUGUUGCUUUGCUGUUAAGCAGAAGACUUACAGCCACAGUGCACCCUGCUGGGAGAGUCACCUCGGGGUGGGAGGGUGGGUGGGGAGGAGGCUGCUACUCUCCCCCUGAAAUCCAUCUCCAUUGCUAGGCCUUUGUAAAAGCAUUCAGCUCUGAAGAGCGACAGAAACACUUAUAUAGCCAGACCUCAUUCCUCCCACCCACUGCAGCUUUUGGCUGUUCUGACCAUCCUUUUGGAGAGAGGACCCUUGAAAUUUGACUACAAUGAGCCAAAUCCAUCUCUUUUCUCUCCUGCCUGCUCUGCUAACCCUCUGAAAGCUGGAUGUGCAUUGUAGUCUCCUUUAACAUCUGCUUGGCUGGGGAAUGCUAUUCAGUGAAAAGUUAAGCUCUCCUCUGCAGAAGUCCCAAGCAUGAGGGACUGGGGCUGAUGUCCAGUUCCCCCCAUCCCAGUGCAGCAUUGUCUGAGGGCAGCAUUUCACUAACAGAGGAAUCAUUUGUGCAAAGGACAAUCUAACCCCUGUUGUUCUCCCUGAAGGCAGUGUGUUGCUGAUGGCUUAGGAGUCAUUCCCUGUUUUGGGUGAGGUUUGAGGCUGGGGUGAGGAGAGGAGCUGGAUAUGCCCCUGUCCUUCCAUGCAGAGGCACAGUCCCCUGGUGAUGGCAGGUGGGUAGUGGUGGCCGUGAGCAGAGGCAGUAAGGUUAGCAGUUCUGCAGCAUUUCUGGGGCUGGCCUUGCUAAAAAGCCUUGGGUGGGAGGGAUAGGAUCGCCUCUGUGUGUGCUUCUCUAACCUGUGUGCAUGCUGCAUUGCGGUUUAGGGACACAGGAUGAUUAGUCCCUUUGCUGGUAGCUGAGCUGGAUCUUUGCUCUCUAGCUGAGCCUUUUGCAAAUUGCUGUUGUUUAGAAGAUAAAAAUAGCCCUGGAGGUGAGGGACGUGUGAAACAAUUCCGCAUGUCUCUGAACUAGACAGAGAUCUGGUGUGACAUGGCUCUUUUUACAGAGCUGAAGGGAAUUGCAGCUGGCCUGCAACUGGAUCAGGAAAGGGUGUAUAUCGGUCCCUGGCCAUUCCGGGCCAUGCCCACAUCUUGAAUAACCCCCACUGCCUCAGUGGGAAGGUGCUCCAGUCCUGCAGUGGGAAAUCAGGAUCCUUUUUCUCUGGGCUGGAAGGGUUUUAAGCAGGCUUUCUGACACCCUUUAAACUUGGAACUUGGCAGAUGGGACAUUUUAUUUAGCUAUUCUCAUCAGUUUCACUUUGCUAGGGAAGCAGUUGUGUUGUUUCUAAUGGCUUGGGAUGUGCUUUUUCCACCAAUGAAGUUUUGCGAGGGGCUGGACCAAGGGUCCCCAAAGAGCAGUCCAGAGGGCUUAAAUUGUUUUGGUGACAGCCAGGAUGGACAGGAUGGCAGUGGAUGUAUGGAGGCAUGGAAAGCAGGUGCUUGGGGAGCACCUGGUGUUGUUCUUGAAGUGCGUAAGCAGCAGUGCUGAGCACCCAGCUCCUGUAUUUUCAUUGAGCCCGGAGACUGCAUCAGUUCAUAAGAGCAGCUCAGAGCAUGUGAUGACACUCCUGUUUUCUGUUCGAACUAUUGCUGUAAAAGGGGUCUCACAGGUUAGCUCUAUUCUGCUCAGGUAGCACUGGCAGUAUGACUUAACCUCUGCAGAGUCCUAAAUGUUCCGGAUCAUAAUAAUGAGUCCAUCUGCAACUAAUUUUGAUGUUCGUUUUGAGUCUAAGAAGGUUGCUGUGGAUUUCAGGCACCCUGCAGUCCAAAAGCAAAACUGGCAGGGGAGCAGAGAGCAUCCAAGUUUACAUCCCAGACUUCUCUCAGUUGAAGUUCUGAGUCUAAUUGUUAAUCCUACUUGCACACGGUUCCUCUAAGUUCAGUUAUCACAAGUUCUGCAGCAUGGUUACAUAUCAGUAGGGGAUAAACCUCGGCUUCAGAUCUAAUAGUCGCUUUCCUCAGCUUGUCUGGUCAUCCUCUGUCUUCUACAUUUAGGUUACUGUAGAAAACAGUGAGCUGUUACUCCGGCCUCUGACGGCUGCAGAACUUCCUAAUGUUUCAGCUGCAUCUUUGUGGGUAGCGCCUGCAGAGGUGUGUCUUAUUUUACUAUCUGCAGAAGCCUGGGAGAACCAGAAGACUGGCUGGCCGGGCGCAGGGAGCGCGCCGUUGCAGAUUGCCACGGUUGUCAUAGCCCUGCUGCUCCACGCUGCUAUGUUGUGACUUCUGAGCACUGCUGGGUAUUUCAAGUGGUACUGUAGUUCAAACUCUGCUGUCUAGAGCCGUUCAAGGUACGGUUUGUGAGCAACAACUGAACUCCGUUUUUUGGCAAGCAUGGGAACGGUGUAGGGGCUGUGUCUGGGUACUUCGUACAGAGCUGCAGGAGGGUGAGGAUUCUUAACCCAUUCCCGAGUUGUACACGUUUUUUCUGAUAGCUAGGAAGGAAACUGAAGUGAACUGAUGUAACUUGAACUUGAAGCUGCCACAGGCUGGCGCUUGGUGGUGUUCAUUGUGCACCCGGGGCGGAGCAAUCUGGUAAGUACGUCUCCCAGAGUCAGAGGAGAGUGGCUUCCUCAAAAUUUCCCCCUUAGGAUACGUGUGCAUGUGUGUGUGAGAGUGCGAGAGCACCUGUGAGGGAGGUUUCAGCACGAACUGAACGGGUAAUCCCUCAGCCAGGUUGGAGUAAUCGCAGAGCUUAUGAUGAAAAGAGCUAGCACCUGCCUACAGAAAGGACAUGAAAGGGGCUGGAGGUGUCUGUGGGCUUUAAGUGUUGCACAUCACUUUGAAAUGAAAUACCUCUGCUGCACAGAGAUCGUCACUUCUCCCACAAGCAGGGAGCUCGCAUAGCCUUCCCCUUGGACUGCGGGAUCCGAGUGCUGCAGGUGUGGGACAUCCAGAGCAGGACAAUCCCUCUAGCCACACCGUCUCCUGCUUGUGACUCCUUUGGCAAUAGGACACCAUUUUGCUGCAAAUAUUUCUCAUCCUCAGAGGAAUUCAGCUUGCUUUAAAAUAUGCAAAUAGAAAAUGGCACGAAGGAAUUUGCAGCGAGAGAACUUGUGUGGCUGUCUCCUCCCCGUUAACCUUCAGGGACAGACACGUCCACUACUGGAAGGGAAGGAUGCAGUUGACGAGUUGAGAAGCCUGAUCAUCAGAAACAUUGAAAUGCUUUACACUUGUUCCUAAACUGGAAGCUGACUUGGACCACCGUGCUCCACCUCCCUGCCACCUGCUCCUGCUCCAAAGGAUCCUUUGUUUCUUUUUUAAUUUUUAUUUUUUUUUAACAACUCUGAAAAAACUGGAGACUACCAUGUGCGUUCCUCCGCCCCAGGUAUGUUCCCUGCCCCUGCCACGAGCUCCUUCCUCAGUCUGAGCAGGGCUCCACGCUCUCAGUUCUUCAGCAUCCUGGCUCUGAUGGGGCAGCACGUCUCUGAGAGCGCCUUCCUUUUGCACCUGUAGGUCUGACUGUUGUGGCUGAUGCAGUCAGUGUUUGUGCUGAGGCACAGCAUUAGCAGCUCUCCUUGGUGAGAGAUGCGAGGAGAGGAGCCCCAGCCUUCCUGCUGUAGGCCUGGAGGAGGAGAGGAGGAGAUGACCUUGUGGCUGAAGGCUAGGAGGGAAGGGUGGGGAUGGAGAUGGAGCUCUGCACGAGUGGGGGCAGCACUGCAAAAACAGGGUUCUUAGCUGGUGUACUUGGCUCACAAGGAUGAGGGGUUACUGUGAGGACAUCAGAAAUGCCAGGAGGUCAUCGAGCAAUGCCUGCAGCAACGGGUGGGUGUGUUGAUGCCCACCUUUAUGUUGCACUGGGGGCAUGGGGUGAGAGGUCUGAACUGCCGUGACCAAGAGGACUUUGCCAGGUCUCCCAGUGGCAUGCAUGAUGCACUAAUGUGCUGAGCCUUGCCCUGCUGCUGUUCCCCAAGGAGCAAUAACAGCUUCCCGGAAGGAAAGGGAACAGCAGGAGACCCAGCUGUCCCUGGAGAGGUCUCCAUAUGAAAUCCCUCCUUCAUCCUGCCAGCAAAUCCCACUGGGUUGAGUGUCAUGAGGGCCACGGUCUUUGUCCCCACGUGUAAUACCAAAACAGAAGCAGCAGGUCCCACGGGCACAUUCCUUCUGCCCACCCCCAGCAGUGGGCUGGGAGGGGUGGUCUCCUGCUGAGGCUGAGAUUUGGUUCCCUUCCUUUCCCCCCUCACUCCUUUUUUUUUAAUGAGCUGUAGCCUAACUCCUGGCACGUUCCCAGAGCUUCUCUCCCAUGGUGAGCCUUGAUACAGAGCCAGAAUAAAUCAUCCUUUGUCUUGUCAGAAAAUUCUCCCCGUGACUUUGUGCUUGUUCCCAAAGACCGCUGGGCUUCCCUGCUUGUCCCGUGGAUAUCCCACAGGAGUUGUCACCGCUGGUUAAUCUUCGGUGACGUUAAACUGAUACACUAAAAAUCAGAGGGAUGCUGAUGUGCAUGGAUGUAUGAGCCCUUUAUGUAUGGUAACCGACUGCUGGAUGGGUCCCUCUUGUAGUAGCUGGUCACCCCAAAAACCGUCCUGUGCUACAUCCCUGCUCAGACUGAGGGCUGGGGGAGGAAAGGACGUGGCUUCUCCAGAGUUUUCGGUUUGUUACUCUGCUAUAUUUGUUAUCUGGAUUCUUAAGUAACGAGUGCUUUGAAUUUUGUGAUUAUGUUACGGUGAUGUGUAGUUAAUGUACUAAUGUUCACUUGAGCUAGGGUCAUGGUAACAGUGUGGUUUGUUUUUUUUAACUGUUCAGAAAAUAACUUAAAUACAAAGGUUAAGCUGUGAA